ACAAGUAAUGUAUUAGCCUUCAGGCGUAGCGACAUUCUUAUGGUCAAACGGAGGAUUCCAGGCAGUAGGAGGCUCUGCCAUCGCAAUAUGACCAAAAUAUUUGCCCAGUUUAGCUAUAGACGUCUUACAGACCAAAUGCAUUGUGGAAAAGGUGGUUCCUGUUAAAACUUCGUCAUAAUAGCACCUCUUCAUCGCUUCAUCGUUCUGAUUAAUUUUGACAGAAUUUGAGAAGACUGGGAAGUGUGCGGACUAUGUCGGCAGUCAGGUGGAAUGUGGUACUUUGGUUUUGCGUAUACUGUGGCGGCACCUUUGCGCAACCAAUCUCCGGAGAAGUGGAGCUCUUCAACUCAGUCAAACAGGCCAGUCUGAAAUGGACAUCUUAUCCAAAACUCAAAGCAUGGAGUGAGAAAUCACUGAAGAUAGGUUCAGAGACCCAAGUCCCAGUCUAUCAAGCCUGCGCUGUCAACAACAAACGCAGAUCACUAUUGACUCAUUGGAUUGCACGGAAGGAUGCCCUGCACCUGCUAUUGGACCUACAAUUCGCUCAGGAAGAGGAGUCAUCCUCCAAUCAGCUGAGUCCACUCCAGGUCCACCUUCUGGAAUCAGACUCUCCACUGUCCAAAUUUAGUGAAUCCCAGAAUCCCCUCCAUCUCCAAGCAUUGCAGACUUUCAGCGCCACAACAGAAGUGCAUCAGAUCAAGGAGUACCUUAACAACAGCCUGGGAUUAGUGUUAAACACGGAGCCUCUCUCACACGACGGCUUCCAUCUUGGAUUCACCUACUCAGGCCGGUGCAUCUUUCUAGUCUCUGUGAGGCUGUACUACAGAAGAUGCCCUUGGUUGGUCAGCCACCUGGUUGGCUUUGAGGGAGCGUCUGCAGGAGCGGGGCCAUUGACAGGGUCCUGUGUGGAGGGGGCCGUGGGGGUGGAGGGGCAGGUGGACCCCCCUCAGAGGGAGUGCCAGGCGAACGGGGCGUGGGGUCCACUGCAAGGGGGGUGCACUUGCGCUCCCGGUCACCAAGAAAAGGGGGACUCUUGUGAAGCCUGUAGAACUGGAUACUACAAGGCAGCCAAUGAGAGUGGGGGUUGUCGCUCCUGUCCACCCAAUAGCAAGACGGACGGGGAGGGUGCAGAAGGGUGUGACUGUGGUCAGGGGUACUUCCGCCUCCCGGGUGACCCGUAUGUCAUGGGAUGCACACGUAAGACACUCCGACCGAGUUCCUCAAACCACUUUAUUUUUGUCAUUUUUAUCAAACAAGAUCUAAUUAAUUUGCAUAUACACUGUAUGUUUAUUUAUGGAUGAGUUGUGUAGAAUGUAGUAAAUAGUUCAACAACUUGAUUGAAUUGAAUAAGGAUGUGCCAUAUUGGAGGAGUCCGAGAGAGUCAUUCAUGAAUCUUAUUGACACAAUGGGGAAAAUGUUUGUAGAUGACAACCA